CAUGAAGUGUUUUCUAGCUGCAGCUUGAAGUCGCCUGCAGAACGAGUCUCUCAGAGGGAAAGCGAGGGAAGAGACGCAGUCUGAAUACGAGGAAGAGGAGGGGGGGUACUUGGAUUUCACAGCAAAGGAGCAGCAAGUAAAACGAACUGAAAGCAGAGACAAGGUGUCGGAUACCAAAAAACAAAGGGGCAAAAAAAACACAGGAGAUUCUGCUUCUUGCAUAGGAAAAUGGAGCUGCCCGCCGCGGGAGAGCACGUCUUUGCGGUGGAGAGCAUCGAGAAGAAGCGCAGCAGAAAGGGGAGGGUUGAGUAUCUGGUCAAGUGGCGAGGAUGGUCUCCAAAAUACAACACGUGGGAACCAGAGGAAAACAUCCUGGACCCGAGACUGCUCGAUGCAUUCCAAGACAGGGAACGUCAAGAACAGCUGAUGGGAUAUCGCAAGAGAGGACCAAAGCCCAAGCACCUCCUGGUUCAGGUCCCAUCCUUUGCACGGAGAUCCAGUAUUUUGGCAGACCUCCACGGGGCGACCCUGGACGAUGACAGCUGUAAGAAGACCAGCCCCAUCCAGAUGCUCCGCCCACAGAGUCAGCAGUACCAGCUGAACAGCAAGAAGCACCACCAGUACCAGCCGCUGUGUCGUGAGCGCGAGGCCGAGCAGCAGCAGCAGGCCACCGGGAAGAAGUUCUACUAUCAGCUCAACAGCAAGAAGCACCACCACUACCAGCCGGACCUCAAGGUGCACGAGCCCAUGUUCGCUAAACCCAAAGAGGUGAAAGCUCCGGAGCUGGCUAACAAGGGGUACAACCUUCCCCCGGUGUUGCAGCAGAAGUGGGUGCGGGACAAAGACUCAGGCUGCCUCACCAAAGUAAAGGAUAUCACCAUGGAGCUGAAGAAGCUUCCAGCGGACCUGAAUGGAGAGCCAGAGAGGGUCAAACCUAAAGAGGACGCUGUAACACAGUCGAACGGUGUCAGCAGCAGCAAGCUCAAGAUUGUGAAAAACAAAAACAAGAACGGGCGGAUCGUGAUAGUCAUGAGCAAGUACAUGGAGAACGGGAUGAAGGCGACCAAGAUUAAAAACGGGGAUUCAGGAAGCGCUGAGAAGCACCUGCAGAGGACUGACAGCAGCGCGGAGGAGCAUCUGGAGAAGAUGAGACUCGUCAAGAAGCUCGGCCUCAUGAACGGAUUUGCAAAAAAGCUCAAAGACAAAUCGACCGUUCUUACUUCUGGAUUCAGCCGAGAUCACCCCCGGGAGAAAGAGCAGUCCCCAAAAACUGAGCCGACUGUGACGGAACGGGAUAAACAUGUCGAGGUCAGGGGUCAGGGGCAGCUUCCGAAGGAUCAGCCUUUACAAUUGACAACCAAAUCUAAUCUGCUCCCCCUGCCUCUGGACAGGGGGGUUCCCCACUCAGCGGAUAUACAAGGAAGCCAAGGUGGAUUUCAGGGACUGAAGCGGCACUUUUCUGACUCUGACUCUGAGGAGCACGGGAGCAGUAAAAGGUUUUUCAGCACCAGGAGUAUCAGCACACCUCACCCGGUGUCUUCUCCCGCCCAGAGCGUCAGCGUGGCCCAAAACGGACACCAGAGUCCCAUUGGACUGCCAGUCUGUGAGUACACGGACCAGGAGGAGCCUAUGGACUUGAGCAUUGUAAAGUCCAGGCAUUGCCCAACUCGGGCUGAGACACACAAGCAGACUGAAACUGUUACACACACUGAAACUUCUACACAGGAAGAAACAGACACACAAGCCAUGACACAUGUGGCACAGACAGAAACUGAGCAUCAAACUGAAACAGAAAAUGCUACAGGAGAAGAAAAGGUCAACUCGUUGUCUGUGACUCACCAUGAAAAGAAAACAGACGAUUCCUUUCCCUCUUUCAAGCCGUUCCUGGGAAAUAUUGUGAUCACUGACAUCACUACAAACUGCCUCACAGUCACCUUUAAGGAAUACAUAGCUGUGUAACUGGACUGGGUAAACUGUGUAACUGUAUAAAUGUAAAUGAGAUAUAUUUGUAUUUUCAGAUGAUUGAAUGUACAAAUGGAACCUUGAUGUUUUCCUUUUCUAUAGUUUGGAUUUAAAAAAAAAAAAAAAGAUCCUCUAUUGCGUUAUUUGCAGCUCUACCUGUUGCUAUUUCUGGAGAUUUUAAUUACAUGCAGUAGCUAAUUACAGCUUAGUUUAAAAAAUACUAAUUAGGUCAAAUAAAUGCCAGAACUUCUAUUGGAGAUGCACUUAAUCCUUUUCUAUGGAUGUAAUUUGAUUGUACACUCAACUGUCUGCAUCUCAGAUAAUGUUCAACAAAUAGGCUUUAUGGAGAGUUUUGUAUGAAAGACAAAUUAUAUUGAAACAUGGUAAAUUACACUGUGUGUGUGUGUGUGUGUGUGUGUGUGUGUGUGUGUGUGUGUGUGUGUGUGUGUGUGUGUGUGUGUGUG